AUGGCAGGUUUUGAUGAUGCUGGAGUGUUUUUCAGUGAUAAUUUUGGUUCAGAGGAGCAACAUGACGAACAACACAUCAAUAGACAACAAGUUAAGAAGAGAUUUAAAGAUUUUAUUCGCCAGUUUCACGAAGGAAAUUUCUCUUACAAAAUUUCGUUUGAAGAUGCUGUUAAGGAAGUAGCUGAUGAGGUGACAAGACCGAGACCUGAAGGUGAAGAAGAUGUAGAAGAUAUUCAGAUAACCUUGACCUCCAAUGCCAACCCUUAUUGUAUUAGAGACUUAAAGUCUGAUCAAAUGUCAAGAUUAGUCAAAAUACCUGGCAUCAUUAUAGCAGCAUCAAAUGUCAAGGCAAAGGCAACUAAAUUAACUAUGCAAUGUCGAAGCUGUGGCAAUUCUGUCAACAAUGUGUCUGUUAAGCCAGGUUUAGAAGGCUAUGCUUUACCCAGAAAAUGCAAUACGUAA